GCAGUGCAGGCGGCGGGCCGCGCAGAGUGAGAGGCUCUUUUGUUCGGCUGAGGGGAGGGCCGUUAGCGGGGCCUGUGGUACGCCGCUUCAGCGGGACGGUCGACUUGUGGCCACACGGNUUUUUGCUCCUCUGGGCGCGCUACUCCCCUCGGACCGCCCGACGCAACGCGCGAGUAGCGCGGCACCGAUUCCUCUCUGACUCUCGGGCGCUGCUACGAGCAGUGUCACCCUUCACACCAGAAAGCUGGCGGGUACUAUGGGGAAAAAGCAAAACAAGAAGAAAGUGGAGGAGGUACUAGAAGAAGAGGAAGAGGAAUAUGUGGUGGAAAAAGUUCUUGAUCGGCGAGUUGUCAAGGGCAAGGUGGAAUAUCUUCUAAAGUGGAAGGGUUUCUCAGAUGAGGACAACACUUGGGAGCCAGAAGAGAAUCUGGAUUGCCCUGACCUUAUUGCUGAGUUUCUACAGUCACAGAAAACAGCUCACGAGACAGAUAAAUCAGAGGGAGGCAAGCGCAAAGCUGAUUCUGAUUCUGAAGAUAAAGGAGAGGAAAGCAAACCAAAGAAGAAGAAAGAAGAGUCAGAAAAGCCACGAGGCUUUGCCCGGGGUUUGGAGCCCGAGCGGAUUAUUGGAGCUACUGACUCCAGUGGAGAGCUCAUGUUCCUGAUGAAAUGCUUUGAACCCUGAAACUGCUUGUGGCAGGUUCAGUUACUGACAGCACAAAUUCCAUUGAGUCAAUUCAAGGAUUGAAUGACUUCACAAGCCCUGGUCUCAGGAGUUUAACUUUCAUAUUGGGGUAGUGGUUCACUUGAGAAUACAAAAUCUUCAGAUUAACUGAUGUCCAAAAUACUGUCUUGAAUCAUGAGAUCCAUCAAUUUUUAGUAUUGUCUAGACCUACAAAUAGAACUACAUUGUAAAAUCUUUUUCAGCAUGUGUUAAGAUGUAUGUGAAAAUUUCUGUUUAAGUGUAAAGUUCAUACCAUACUGUCAGUUUUUGUCUUAAUAAAAUUAUAGAUUUCUAA